AUAUUAUUUGUUGAACUAGUUAAAAUGUUGGUAUUUAAUGUGGCAUUGGUGUUGAUCUGCUUGACAUCUGUUGUAACCUCUCUAAUUGUAGUCAAUGAGAGUUCAAAAGCGAAACGAAAAUCACGUUCUGCAUUAGAAAAUCCUUUAGAGGGGUCUAAAAUUGCAACUACCACCCCUGCAACAUUGUCCUCAUCUGCUGGAUCUGCUGGUGGCAGUGAACACGAAAAUGUGGUGCGAAACGGUAUUUCCCAACCGAUCAUUGCCGUAAGUGACCCAGCAGCUUCCAAGGAGACAACUAUCGUAGCUGAAGGUGGUUCGUUUAUGACUAGCGAGACGCACCGAAUACCAUCUUUUGGAAAGAACACCCAAGGUAAAAAACCUGCAAAGUCGUCAAUAGUUCCACGAAAAGGAGUUUCAGAGGAUGAAAAAUUGUCUGGAAUAAAAGUUGAUAAUCGGGAAGAUUUGUCACGUCUUAAUAACUCUGAAAUGUUGAGCAAAAAUUUAUCACCUUCAGAAGGAUUUAGCUCAACAAGUACUUCGACAGAACUGCCUGUUAUAUCUAAGCUAACUACACCUGUGAUCGACAACAGUGAGCAUCCAAAAAGCAAAUUAAACCAUAACAAGUCAGAUUCGACCCAGUUGAAAAUAUCUAGUGAAAACAUAAACGUAUCGCAAGUAUCACACAGGGCUAAGCCAACCUUUACCAUUGGCGAGGGUAAGGAUGAUGAGGAUAUGCCUUCCACAACCGCACAGAAGCCGCAAAUCGGUGUGAUCAGAAAAAUUGAUUACAUAGUACCUAUUGCUAUCACUAUUAUGGCAGUUCCUUUAUUAGGCGUUGGUGCAUUUGUAUUGUACAGACAGGGGAGGGACUGUUGGGAUAAACGUCAUUAUAGAAGAAUGGAUUUCCUUAUUGAUGGAAUGUACAACGAUUAGGAGCAAAUCCAACAUUUUUUGAAAAUAUCAAUUUAAUUGACGAACAAUAUCAAACAUAAUGAAGAAGGAAACUUGUCUUGCUUGUUCUAUUAAUUUGGGGUUUCGCUAUUACCUUUAUUUUUCCAAAAUUUCGAAACUAAUAUGAGCUUCAAUUCUAUGAACAUUCAUGCGCUACGCGAAUAACUAUUCACCUUUAAACAAGUGACAAAUUUUCCAUCGGGGUAAAAUUGAAAUUACAACUGGAUAUUUUUUCGCACGAUAGACACCAUAUGUUAAGUUUUGGGAGAGUAUUUUAAAAAUCA